AUGGUGGCCUCGCGGGAGCGCUGGCGGGCGCUGGCGGCGGUGGCCCUCUGCGCCCUGCUGUGCCUGGGCUGCGGGGCGGGCGCGCACCCGCCGAAGCCGGCGAGCCCCGCCGAGGACGCCUCGCCCGAGGAGGUGGCCCGCUACUUCUCGGCGCUGCGCCACUACAUCAACCUGGUGACGCGGCAGAGGUACGGCAAACGUGCCAGCGCCGAGGCCCCGGCGCCGGAGCUGCCCCUGGGGGCCGGCAGGCCGUGGUACGACGACGACGCCGCGUGGUGACCGCCUCUCCCGUCCCCCCCCCCGCCCCGUCCCCAAAUCCUGCCCGGCG